CUCCCUAUUUCAAUGUAGCCUACGCUUACGAUCUACGGAUGCAUAUUUUCUUUCUUUAAAGAUGGGCAACCGCUUGUCUACGCACUGCCUGGAAUGAGUUGUAGUAAAAAAGGAAAGGUUACAUUUCAAAACUAAAAGCAGGGGGACUCAGCCUACUUGAAUAUCACUCUUUCGACAAACCAAUUCCUACUUUCAAAAAGACCAUGUAGCUGAUACCAGCAGUCCACAAAAGUUGGUAGCCACUUACACGUUCGUAGGCUAUUAUUUACUAGAUGAAUUGGUGGCGAGCAGCAGCUUUCUCGGCAAAGACCAGGUUGCCAGCCAGGUAAAACAGAUACGGAAAAAGAGGCGGAGGCGCGUAUGUCACAUGGCGAUUAUCUAUUUAAAGGCUCCGUCCCUCCGCGUGCGCCAGACCCUUCCCAGUGUGGUCGCGCGCGCAUUGGCCGGAGCUGUUCUAACUACAGGGACCACAGCCAGCCAGACUCGCAGACCUAUGUGGGGCAGCGACCUCAAAAAUAAUUCUCAACGAAAUAAACGCCGGGGCGGCAACAAAUCUGUCAUCCAGCAACAGACCAUCCUCCUACCACCACCACCAAUCAGGCAUGGGUGUGAAGACGCUGCACUGUUUCCCCUGGCAACGGCGAUGUAGAGAACGUGGCACGAGACAUCGCCCCCUUCAGGCGGUGCCCCCCGGGGACACCCCAGUGUACCUGUCCCCCACGGCGGUCUGGUGCUCUCCAGGUGAGGGCAGGGCUGGUGACACCGCCACACACCGGGUGUACCUGCCGCACAAAGCCUGCGUUGCCCUCCGACACCAGAUGGACUGUAACGUCAUCGACGCAACCAGCUGACUGCUCCCCCCCCACCCAAAAAACAACAAGGCAUCCAGGGAUACGGAUACAUCAUGAUGAGCUGCUCAGAACGGGCUGUGUGUGUGUGUGUGUGUGUGUGUGUACGUGCGUGUGUAUGUGUGUAUGUGUAUGUGGUUGUGUGUGUGUGUGUGUACGUGCGUGUGUAUGUGUGUGUGUGUGUGUACGUGCGUGUGUAUGUGUGUAUUACGUGGUGUGUGUGUAUGUGUGUGUGUGUACGUGCGUGUGUAUGUGUGUGUGUGUGUGUACGUGCGUGUGUAUGUGUGUGUGUACGUGCGUGUGUAUGUGUGUAUGUGCAUGUGUAUGUGUGUAUGUAUGUGUUUGUGUGUAUGUGUGUGUUCAGUCUGUGUAUGCGUGGGGGGGGGGGGGGUGGCACCGCCCGUUCAUGUUCUGGGGGCAUUAGGAUGUAUGAUUAUUAGAGGAACUCUUAAGGGGAAGGGAGGGAGGAGACAAUGGGAAUGAAAGUAAAAUUAUUAUAAUAUGAAUAUGAAUGUGAUUGUGAAUGUGUAUGUAUUAUGAAUAUGAAUGUAAAUUUGAAUGUAUUAUGAAUAUAAAUGUGAUUAUGAAUUUGGAUUUUGACAGUGUAACUGUUCAGUUUAUUUCUCUUUAUCUCCACAAAGCCCACAUGUCCUUUUUAAAAUUGAAGCUCUAUUUAAAUUUGAUAUUAUAUGUCUGUGUGUUCUGGGUGUUAAACUGGUGCUGAUUCUGUGUAGUAUUUUGCAUAACAGCAGUCCUGUUUGACUGCACAUGGCCCAUAACAAACUGCAAAUUUGGAACUCUUCAGUAGGAAACAAAAAUCCUUCUGUUUAUUCUGAUGAUAUCAACACUGAAACUCACAAUUUUUUUGACAUUUAGUAGUACAGAUAACAUUUGUUUAAUUUGUAUAAUAUUUGUUUAAUUGAUUACAUACCUUGCCUGAGGGUACAAUGGCAGCCCCCCAUCCAGGAAUCAACCCCACAAUGAUCCUUUUUCAGGAUCAGUUUUGAAAGGGAAAUGUAUAGGCUCCAUGCAAGUAGAUUAUUUCCAACAACAUUUUAUUGUGUGGGGGGUAUUGUGCCAACCGUAUUCGCAUCUGUGACGUUAAGUUUCUGGAAUCCUUGAACAGCACAAUCACAAUAUGACGGCAUAAGAAACAUAGCGAUGUCACAGACAAUAUGGUUGGAGAUAUACAUCGCCCUAAUGUUCCAGAAAUCCCAUUUGACCACUACUGUUUUCAGCAAGACGCCGAAAACCAGCAGCAGCUCGAGUUGCUCGAUCGUAAUUUCUUGAAUAAGUGAUAAAAUCAAGAACGAUCAGCAAUGGACGACAAUCUGGAAAAGGAGGGGAGGAAACGUCCCCCAGACCCGAGUGUUAAGCCUGCAGUGCCCUCUACAUCUAAGAAGAGGAAGACGGUGACAUCUACGGCCAAACAAGAUGCUGCUUCGCGGGUUACCAUCGAAUCGCUUCCGUCUGAGAUGGUGGAGCAUAUUUUAAGCUGGGCAUCUGUGGGCGACGUCAUGGCUUUCGGCGCGACCUGCCACGCCUUCCACCAGCUGAGCUUCAGUCCGGCGCUCUGGAAAGCGCUUUGCCGUCGCCAGGCAACGGGUCCACUCCCUGACGCCUCCUCCCCUGAGAACUGGAGGAGAACGGCCAUCUUGAAAUACUCCCAGGCUCUGUACCUGCACUCUCUGGGCGGGGGUGUGGGCCGAACAGCCCCCCCUGUGACCCUGGCGCUGACCCCUCGCCUGGCGCUGGGGUUUAGGCGCAUCCUGCCCACCUGUGAUAACCACUUCCUGUGGGACGAGCGGGGCACGGUGUUCACGCUGAGCGACUCGGUCACGCUCUCUCCCAGCGGCCAGCUGGUCUGGAGCGAGGCCAGCCGCAGCACGGUGCUGUGCCGGAACGCUAAAGAUGUAACAGUGGACCCCCGCAGUGACGUGUCCCACCGACAGUACGUGUACGUCCUGGUGACCCGCCCCCCCAGCGUUUUGGCGGGGGGCCGCCCAGGCAGCUCUGUAACCCUGAAACAGAGCGACAGCGUGGAGAUCUACCAGCAGUACAGCGGAGAGCGUGUCUUCCACAUGACCUUUCACCCCUCCCUGACCUUCAGCCAACUGAGACUGAUGGGGUCAGAGGUCAACAGGACCCUGCUGCUGCUUACCGGUCAGUGGGAGUGGCCAGGCCGGGCACUGAUUGACGCCCCGCCCUUCACUGUCCAGCUGACCCUGAGGGUGAUCAACCAUUCGCUGCCUGACCUGCCAGUCAAACAGAUCCACACCAGUUACAGCAGCGCCCUAUUCAUCACAGGUGAUGGUUCGGUGUAUGUGGAGACACACUCUGCUGGGGUUCACCGGCACCUCUUUGGGUCUCUGCAGGGAUUCAGCCCAAACAACGUCCACACCCCUAUGCUCCUCCCCCUCUCCUAUAAGGUGGUGAAGUGCUCUCUGGGACUCACACACCUGUGUUUGCUGGAUGAAAGUGGGCGUGUCUUCAUGCAGGGCAGCAACAAUCACGGGCAGCUGGGGACCGGAGACAAGAUCGACCGACGAGAGCCCACUCAGGUGGUGCUGUCCCUGACCCCAGUGGACGUGUGCUGUGGACUGAACCAUUCUCUGGCCCUGCUGCGGGGGGAGACGGGAGAGAAGGAAGUGCAGGGCUGUGGGUGUGGUCGGGGUGGACGUCUCCCGGGCUGGGCCCAGGGGAGCCCCGUCUUCGUCAGGCUGAGUGUGAAGGCACCACGGAGCACCCGUGCCCUCUGCUCCUCCAAGUACUACCUCUACCUGCUCUGUUGCCAUGACAUCGCGGAGCCCCUUCUGUUCCACACCCCCCCACCAGGGGCGGAGUCAGAGAUGGAGGCUGCUGAGAGGGAGGGGCUUCAGAGGUGUCUAUCUCAGCUGAGGGGGUGUGGCCAUCUCUGGGAACAGCUGGCAAAGCUGAGAGAGGCUGUUCAGAGUCACAUGACCCUUAGCUCUGCCCAAAAGGACUUCCUGGAGGAGGCCCUGUCCACAAUGCAACAGGGCUCUUCUUCCACCACUGAAUUCCAGCUUUAAAGAUACAAACUCCCACCCUGCUCAUUCAGUGUUCUCUAGCCACAUGGUUUUGAUACUGAUUUAAUAAAGUGGUACAAUUUAUUUUGUUAGCUGUCCAACAUGAAAAUACAUGCCUGUAAAAACAACGUAAUCACUAUGACUCAUGACCUUGACUUUGUGUCUUGAUUUUCAUAAAUAAAGCACAUUUACACUCUGGCAAUGUGCUGGUCUGUCUGUGUUUACGCAACAAGUUCAUAAGAUGAAGACCAAACAAGUUUCUACAAACAAGGUCAGAAGCACAAUGCCUACAAUACAAUAUUGACCCUAAUAUUAUGAAUACACCGAUCUGGAAAGGUGAAUUUUACAAGGAUACUAGUUUACGCUGUAGUGUCAGUAGGUGGCAGUAAUUCACUUUCCAAACGUCAAUUAGAGACAGGGAAAUACAAAUUCUCUUCCGCCUAACUUUUAUUGUGCGUUUAUUGCUGCAAUACUAGCGUUUAUUGUGCAGCUACUUUCGGAUCUAGGAUCACCAUAAUCACUCAUUUUCUAUUUUAAUUUGAGACACGUACUGCGGCCCCAAAUUAUGAAUCUCAACGCACCCGGAAGAGAAGGAUGUUUGAACCUGUGAGGAGGGCACAUUUUGAGUUCAAUGUCAUAUACCUUUCCGGAAGUAUUGUCAUUUUCCAUACGAGAACAUGUGCUUGAGUUCGGGUUUUGGGUGCUUUUGGUACUGAAACGCCACUGGCGCCUCUUUUUAGCCAUUUAUUUUAUUAGCUAAUUACGUUCAUGUUGCAGUUGUGUUACUGGUUACGGUUUUCGUAGUCGACGGCGGACACCCCGCUCUCCCGUCAAUGCGAGCUGAACAUGGAGCGUUGGUCAGGGUUCCAGUUCCCUUGAGAUGGGUAUUAGAUAGUCGUGGGUCAGUACAAUGAGGGACCCAGAGGAACCAAAGCUGGUUAAAUGGCUGACCUUGGAUGACCUACAGACCGCAGUGCUGCCCUCUACCUCCUGCCUGUGUUGCUGGUGUCAGUUUUGAAUGGUUUUCCUCCACUCAGCGAGUGUAGGUUUGCGUUGUUGACCUCGCUAUUGCUUGUUUACUGAAUGCUCUUAUCGGACUUUCACACUUAUUGAGUAUUUGUGCCUUGGGCAGUUAAUCUGAGCAGCUGGGCUUUACUUUGUGUAGCCUACUUAAUUUUGGAUGAUCUUUCAAUGCGUGUGUGUGAGUGCCUGUGUAUGGCCAUGUUGUGUGUGUGUGUGUGUGAGUGCCUGUGUGUGGCCAUGUUGUGUGUGUGUGUGUGUGUGUGAGUGCAUGUGUGUGGCCAUGUUGUGUGUGUGUGUGUGAGUGCAUGUGUGUGGCCAUGUUGUGUGUGUGUGUGUGUGUGUGGUCACCAGUCACACUAUACUGGCAGCCUGUGUUGUUCAUUUCUGUACAAUCUGUUCCGCACCUAGUGUAGCCAUGUUCAGUGAUUAUUGCUUCAUACCAUUUUUAGAGUAACUAUUUUCAUGUAAUCAUCCCCUAGUCAAUGUCAUUUUGGGAAUAUUGAUUGAGCUUGUAAAGAUUAUGGAUGUAUUGAGCACUGUUGUGGACAUACCUUGUUUUGGUUGCAACUGUAAAUUCAUUACAUCAUUUUUUUCUGCCACCCUUUUCUUUUUUCUGAAAUGAUGGCCCUGUUUGAAGAUUGCUCAUUGUGAUCUGGUGAAAGCAGUGAUUCUGUGUGCUUAUGGACUUGUCACAGCGGGUUAUAGACAAUGCAUUAGAAGCUACUGUAAAUUAGACAAACCUUUUUUGAAUUUGCCAAAGAAAAGGAACAUUCAUUUGGCAAAUGGUAUGCAUGUUACCACCUUAAAUUUAGCAAGAGACCUUGUGAUUCUAGAGGAAUUAAAAUUGUCUGUCUGAAGCGAUUAUUACUUAAUUAAACAAAAACAAGUGAUCAAGCGCUGCAGAAGGAUUCUAAAUGGUUGCCUCUGUUUGAUUGGAUGUGACUGGAUUUAAUUUGUGCUCCGUCUCGGGGUUAGCCUACUUUACACACGUAGCCUACGGUCUGGCAAAUAGUUCCGCUGUCUAAAUAUCGUGCUGUAAUAGUAGCUUUGGCUUCUAACAACCGAUUUCCUGGCCGUUCAGGCGUAACAGAAAACAUAUGACUGAUUUUUGCAACAGUUAUUCUGGCCUGGUUUAAAGACAGAUGUUGUAGCCGUAUUACAGAUUACACAGCCUACCGAUGCAAUACAAUGCGAAAGAGUAGCGUUAGCAUGCUUGUAAAAUUGGCGAACAGAAACGUAAAUCCCCUGAAGUGGGUGUGUGCUGUAGACACCGUAUUAAUCGGAAUGUUGUUUAAAAUAAGUAGAGGUUGGUUAUUAAUCAUGCAGAACACGGAGAAACACGGAAGCGUAGGAGUGGCAGCAAAGUCUAUGCGGCUCUCGGCGGUUCGUGCCGUCUGUGCCUCGUCCGCUGCCGUAGUUUGUGACGCGUUAAAAAACAAUAACACGGACGUGUACGAUUGGUGGCAAUUGUUUUUAUGUACCUUCUGAUGUAUCAUGGAAUUUUCCCGAAAUUAUCUAAUAAUAAAAAACAAUACACAGACGGGCUCAAUUAAUAUCUUACUGUGUUAUUACUAUGUUGUUGACAUUAUUUUAGUUGUCGGGAUUGUUGGGAAAUGGAGUCUAAAUUUGCCGUCCCGUCACUGUGCGUUGUGUUUCCUACAACCACUCCCCCGACUCAAGCCGGCGUUCAGUAUCGCUUCUCGGCCUUUUGGCUAAGAUCAAGUGUAGUAUCUGUUCUUAUCAGUUUAAUAUCUGAUACGUCCCCUAUCUGGGGACCAUAUAUUAAAUUGAUUUUUGGAACAGGGAGAUGGAAUAGGGGCUUGCUCCGUCCACUCCACGCAUCGACCUGGUAUUGCAGUACAUCCAGGAACGGUGCACUCCCCACCCGGGGAAACAUUUGGUUGAAAAGAAGGUGUUCUAUCUGUGCUCAUCAUUAACAUUGAUUUGAGUAAUUACUUUAUUGCACGUAGAACAGAAUUAGCUGCGAAGUGUUUCUACUUGCUAUGACUGAUGAAUGCAUUAUAUAUGUUGGAUAUAUAGCCUAGUAACUCUGUUUCGAUUAAACAUUUUUAUAAAAAAACGCUGUGAAGCAUAUUCUACAUGUGUAUGUCGACUACAGGCUCUACCAUUGUAACAGCCCAGGCUCAGAGAAUAUGGAUUUAUUUUUUGAGACUCGUUAAAUCACAGAUUUCCUUAUGGUGGAACAAGUAAAACCACAUUCUGGAUUUUACAUUUAAAUGUUAAACCAUUUAUUUGUAUUCAUCAUCAUCACCAUCAUCAUUAUUAUUAUUUUUUUAAACAAAAACAUUAUUGAAAAUGUAGGCUACAUAAUAGGUUUGCAUGUAACAACUGAUUGGCUUUUCAUUAAAUGGAAAUCCUGUGUACGAACACAUUUACAAGGUCUCACCCAACAACGUAAUGUCAUUUAUUAGUUACGGCAUUUGCCCGGUAUCACUUGCAGUUCAUUUAUUGUCAUCAAUAUACUAUAUCAAUAAAUUAUUUACUGCGUUAUUCUGUAGGAAUAAUUGAUAUCUGUUAAGAACGUUGGGCAACUUGGUACGUGCUUAUUUUAGGGUAGUUUGGUGGAGACGAACAAAUGUUCGUCUGUUUAACCUGUGGACAACGGCUAAUAAGUCCAAUUAUAUAUUUAACAUUUCUCUGAAGUUUUAGGGAAACGAUUACCACUUGUCUCAAAACCCAGGUUCGGUCUGGUUUUCUAGGUGACUUCACUCUAUCUGCCUUACCGGAAGAGUCUGCUAGAGGCGCUCGCGCCUUAUAAACACGAAUUCAGAGCCGCCAGUGCGUUUUCCCCUGAUGUUACUACGUCCUGUUAUGAAGAAGUCUAAUGAAGAUGAAAUCAAUAGUUUCAGUUUUUCCGUAUUUUUGGAUUAUUAAUAUAUUGAAUUGUUGGUAGUCCGAUAGUCAGUCCGUGUAUUCUUUUAGGCAACGUGUCAUGUUUCUGCGUUGAAUUAAGCAUUUGUUGUGCAGGCUGAGUCUAUGUGCACUGCUUUAUGGUUUUUUCGGGUUUGAGUUAAAUUUUUCCCGGUGACAUUAUGACGCUUCAGCUGCUGCCGAAUGGACGACUUUCUCUUUUAAAAGAUGGGUUUAUGUUGUUAUGCCUAACGAGAACUGGACUGUUUUCCCGUGCCGAAUAGUUGAAUUUUAGCAAGCUGAAGCGAAGCAGGAGCGCCUAAAUUUCGUGCGGUUUGUGCCUGGUCAGUUGCCGUAGAUUACUGGAGUGACGCGUAAGAAGCAACAGCAUUAACCAGUGUGAUUGGUGGAAAUAAUUUUGUAUUUACAUUCUGAUAUAUCGGGGAUCUUUAAAAAAUGUUGAAACAAUUAACAGACGUAAUCCGUUUCUUAUGGAUACCUCAAUAUGCCGUAAUGCGCAUGUCCAGCAACUGUACUCAGUUAUCGGGAUUGUUGGGAACUGGAGGCAAAAUUUUCCGUCCCGUCACUGUGCGUUGUGUUUCCCACAUCGACUCCCCCGACUCAAGCCGCGUUUCAGUAUCGCUUCUCGGCCUUUUGGCUAAGAUCAAGUGUAGUAUCUGUUCUUAUCAGUUUAAUAUCUGAUACGUCCCCUAUCUGGGGACCAUAUAUUAAAUUGAUUUUUGGAACAGGGAGAUGGAAUAGGGGCUUGCUCCGUCCACUCCACGCAUCGACCUGGUAUUGCAGUACAUCCAGGAACGGUGCACU